AUGUAUUCUUCUUCUACAAGUUCCUCAUCAUCAGACGAGGAGUCUAGGAACCGACUGGAGAUAGAGAAGAGGAAGAGGAAAAGCAAACCAAAACAAAUGUCAAAAACUCAAAUAAGAGUUACGAAGAGAACUUCCGUCUCCAAGGAUAAUAAACAACUAAAGAAAGUAUUGGAACAUCAGAAAAAACUAAUCUCUUCUCUGCAGGAGAAGCUUGACGCCUUAAACAAAACAGCAUCUAACCAUCAACAACCCAACAACAACGUAAUCAAAAUGGGUAUGGAAGAAAAUCAAGCCAACAAAGAUAAUGUCAAAAAAGUUCUUACUAAACUCGAAGUCCCACACGAUAAUAUACAGGUUAAAAUACUUCCAAGCCAAAAGAUGUCCAAACCUGUACUGGUUGGCUUUGAAACAAAAGAAACAAAAGAUCUAGUACUCAUCAAGCGUAAAGCAAUGGGUGAAAUUAAAACAAAUAUGUGUAGAAUUGAAGGCACAGAUGCAAACAUCUAUAUAAAUGAAGACCUCCCUAGAGAUGUAAGAAACUUAUUUAAUAAAGCUAAAGAUCUAAAAAAAAAUAAUGUAGAAUAA